AUGGGCAGCAUGGGCGCGCCGCAGCGCGCAAGAUACAGAAUCGGCGUUGAUGUUGGCACCUACAACUCCAGACGUGACCACUGGCAUCAACGAGGCAAUCAAGCAGUCGUAAACUCCAGUGGAGUCUCACUAGAUGACAUCGGCUGCGUUAUAAUCGGCACGACACACUUCGUCAAUGCCGUGGUCCAACGAUCUCCGGACCUCGAGCGUGUAGCAGUCGUGAGAUUAUGCGGCGGCAGCACAGAAGGAUUCGGACUGGGCGUGCCUCCAUUUGUCGACUAUCCAGCGGAGCUGAAGGAGAUGAUCUACGGCGGCUCGUACUUCUGCAAUGGUGGCCAUCAAAUCACCAGUGAAGAGUUGUCACCACUAGACGAGUCUGAAUUGGCAACAGUCGCCAACGGAAUUGUCCGGGAUGAGAAUCAGUGA